AUGGCCCCUAUGUCGAGACCAAAGGCUAUCUUUUCCAACCCUUCAAUGGGCAAUGUAUCAAGCGAGGAUGAGAACGUGGCCCGCGUAUUCGUCGGUAGAGGCGAGAAGAUGAAGGAGUUCCGUGUAAACAAGAGGAUGCUCAGCAACGUCGCCCCCUUCUUCGAGGACCAACUCGACGCCACGCCGGCCGGCAUCGUCAACACAUCAGGCAAGCCCGUCCAAAUAUGGCUCCCGCAGCAAAACUCCACCAUCCGCCUCCCCAACGAGUCCGCCUCCAUGUUCGACCUCUUCGUCGUCUGGCUUCACCAGCGUGACGGCUUCCGCCGCCACCUCGACGAGAUGAUCAUCCUCGUCAGCGACGCCCCCGGCGUCCCCUGCCAGCGUCUUCACUGGGCCCUCGUCCGCCUGCACAUCUUCGCCGCUCGCCUCGACCUCCACCACCUCCAGGACCUCGCCAUCGACGCCCUCCAGGACAUCUACCUCCGCUGCGACUGGGACGUCACGCCGCGCUUCGUCGAGUACGCCUACGGCGACUGCGACUCGCCGGCCGCGAUGCGUCUGCGCAGGUGGACCGUCGCCAUGGUCGCCUGGUCCGUCGCCGGCGGCGCCACCUCCUCCUCAUACCACAACGACGCCGACGCCAGCGGCCUCGACCGCUUCCAGGCCAUGUUCGAGCGCUUCCCCGACUUCGCCGCCGACUACACCUCCCACCUCCGCAAGAUGAAGUCCAGCAAGCUCGACACGCGCAUCAAGAACCCGCAGCUCCGCAUCCCGGCCAACAAGCUCCGCAACGAGGAGCGCCAGUUCGGCUUCCGCCAGUGCUCCUUCCACAGCCAUCGCGCCGCCGUCGGCGAGCGCAGGUGUCCUCACACCACCGCCAGCAGGGAGCUGGAUAACUUCCUCAUGGUGCCGUUGGUAAUGGAGAUCGGCCCGGCGCCGGCCAUCCGCAGAAGCAACUCCCGCCGGGAAAGGCCGCAGAGGAUGGCGCAGCAGCACACCGCGCAGGUCUUCUAA